AUGGAUGGAGAAAGGAUAUACGAGGGCGUAUUUGCCGUCCAUAAACCCCAAGGCGUCACCUCAGCCGAUGUCCUCCGACACCUUCAGAAGCAUUUCAACCCAUCGAAACUGUUCAGACCGUGGAUAGAGGAUGAGCGCCACCGACGAGCGCAGGACAGCAACUGGAAGCGCCAUCGCAAGCGACACAAGCCGAUCGAGGUGAAAAUCGGCCACGGAGGGACAUUGGACCCCAUGGCGACGGGGGUGCUAAUCGCCGGCGUGGGGAAAGGCACCAAGGACCUGCAAAACUUCCUCAACUGCACCAAGACGUACGAGACGGUGGUCCUGUUCGGGGCGGAGACGGAUACGUACGACCGGCUGGGCCGGAUCGUGCGGCGUGCGCCGUACGAACACGUCACGCGCGACGUUGUGGAGAAGGCAUUGGAGCAGUUUCGCGGCAAGAUCAUGCAGCGGCCGCCCAUCUUCUCUGCGCUGAGGGUCCAGGGAAAGAAACUGUAUGAAUACGCCCGUGAAGGCAAAGAGCCGCCCGUCGAGAUCAAGUCGCGGCCGGUGGAGGUCCACGAUUUACGGAUUCUAGAAUGGUAUGAACCCGGGACACACGAGUGGAAGUGGCCCGAGCAAGAAGUGGCCGCGGACGAGAAGGAAGUCGCGGAGAAGAUGCUGGAGAAGGACGCUUCAGUACCGCUCGCAUCGGCGGAAGAAGCUCAAUUGGCAGAAGAGUCCUCGUUGAAACGCAAAUCACCGCCUCCUCCAGCCGAAGAAGAAGGCGAAGGAAAGGACGCCCCGCCAUCAACUAAACGUCUUAAGGCCACUGACGAAGGGGAACCCACCCCAGCUGGGACUCACGAACCUACAACCACAACAGAAGAAGGUACAGAAGAAUCGCCAGAUAAGAAACAACCAGCUGGAAACCCUCCAGCCGUCAAACUCACCCUGACCGUCUCCUCUGGCUUCUACGUCCGCUCGCUUGCGCACGAUCUGGGCAAAGCAGUGGGAAGCUGCGGCCUGAUGAGCGCAUUGGUCCGAUCCCGACAGGGGGAAUUCGAGCUCUCGCCGGACAAGGUCCUGGAAUACGAAGACCUCGAGCGCGGAGAGGAAUUCUGGGGGCCCAAGAAUGUAGAAUUAAUUUUUUUUAAAUCUUUCCCCGAAAACAAAAAAAAAAAUUCAACGCUUUCUAUUUAG